UGUAGCCGUCAUUUUAGCUAUCGUAGGUCUGUGCGUGGACGUGUGUGCACCGUCACAAUCAACUCUUUAUGGAUCCGACCAUCAAUUGUGAGAGAGUGAAUGGUAGGCAGACAGAUAAGUCUCAAAAUCCCGCCCCCGUGAAUGUAGUGUACCAUCCCUCGCUUGUGGCUGCAUUUUCAAACCAUGAGGAGGUCGCAUUUGCCACCCGUCAGUCAAAUCUUGGCAAAAUGGACUCAACUCACUCGCUCCAGCAUAGACAGCCGUCUAUCUGUCGGACACGGUCUAUCUCUUGGCCACCAUGUGUGGCGUCAUCAUCCACAUGACCUGCGCCAUGACGUCCUCCACAGACGGCACAGUCGCCUCCCUGUCAACACACACACAUGCACACAAUUCAGUUGUGUUGUGUUGUGUCUCUCUGUGAGUGUGGCGUGGUGUGCGUCUCACUCACUCUAGUUUGGCGUUAUAUGGUGUGGGAAUGUCCUUGGCGCCCACCCGUGUGGGCACGUCGGCAAGCGUGUCGGAGCAGUUCUCUAUCACACACGACAGGAUGUCGGCCCCCUGCAGACACAAUGGGGGGAGAACACCAUGCACACACACACACAGAUCCAUCGAUGUGGGUCGGGUCGACGGGGUGGGUGGGGUGCGAGUGGCUGUGUUGCAGGUUUGCUUACCACCCCGCCGGCCUUGCUGCUCUCCUCGAGUAUGAUACACCUGUGUGUUUUGGAUAUCGACUUUUUGAUGGCCUCCACGUCGAGCGGCUUAAGCGAUAUGAGAUCGAUUAUCUCAAGGGACAGGCCCGUCUGAGGGACACACAGACGGACACAUCCAGUCGAUUGAUUCGUCUCUCUCUGUGGGUAUGUAUCGCACCUACCUUCUCCAGCCUCUUGGCUGCCUCGACGGCCACGUGCCGCUGUCGGCUGUAGCACAACACAGUCAGGUCCUUGCCUGCAUUGCAUACAUGCAUCGAUCCACACGCACAGGCAGGGGCGUCAUCAUACUGAUGGAUGGAUGGAUGGAUGGAUGGGGGGCCUGUGUAUGUCUGUCUGUCUGUCUGUGCGUACCUUCCUUGACCAGCUCAGCCUUGUCGAUGGCCUGUGUGUAGGGCAGGUAGGGAAUCUCCUCCUUGAGGUUAUACAACAACACUAAAUGGACAACGCAUACACACACACAACACACGAAGGCAGGAACAUGGAUAGAUGCUAUGCGUGUGUGUGACGUGCGGACGUGUGGAUGCACUGGUCACGUAGUGUAUGUAGUAAGUAGGUCCAUCACCCCCCACCCACCCACCCCCCUCCCCACCGUGUUCGAAGAAGACCACUGGGUUGUUGUCGCGGAUCGCAGCUUUCAACAGACCUGUAUGUAUGUAAGUCAAUACGUAUGGAUGGAUGGUGUGUGCGUCAAGUCAGUCACAGAACACACAGGGAGAGAGAGAAGGAAAUGUGUACAGUACACAGGUGUACGCAUAUGUACGCACGUACGUAUGUGCCCAUCGACGCAUGCGUGUCGUGUGCACCUCACUCACCUCGUGCGUUUCUGGGUGUGCUGCAUGCGACCAGCUUGAGCCCAGGCACCGCAUUCAAAUACGCCUCUAGACGCUGACAGACAUCCGUGUGAGAUUGCGUACAGGAGGCGCAUCGCAUACAUACCUGUGAGUGCUCCGGUCCCAGCUGCUUGCCAAUACCGCCGGGGCCGCGGAUCACUGAUGGAUACAGCCAGACAGACACACCAUAUUUGUGUGUGUGUCUCUGUACUGAAUGUACCCAUCCAUGUGUGUGUGCGUGGCUGCCGCCCUGCACUCACCGACAGGGAUGUCAUACUGCCCGCCAGACGUGUACCGCAUCAUCCCUGCUCAGGCAACACACACAACACAACAGACCUGCAUGCUUGGUGGCCAAUACACCUGUUGGUUGAUCUCGAUCCAUAUGUACCGACCGGCAUUGUUGGCAAUCUGGUUGUAGGCGAGGAGGAGAAAGCCCAUGUUCAUGCCCUCCACAAUCGGCCGCAGACCAGUCGCUGCCGCACCGAUCGCCAUGCCUGCACACACACGACCAACAGUCAGUCAUACACACAGAUCUGGUCUGGUCUGGUACAUGCGCAUACAUACAGCUGUGAUUGAUGUGAUCGACUGGCUGACUGACUGACCGGUGAAAGUGUUUUCGACGAUGGGCGUGUCCAUCACUUGGAAGUUGCCGAAGCGGUAGUGGAGAUCCUUCGACACCUGCAGCACUUACAGCACCCACACCACACACGAUAUGUGUUAUGAGGCCACUGCUUGUGUGGUGGGAGCGUCCGUGUCUUGCCUUGUAUGAUCCUCCGUAAUGGCCCACAUCCUCGCCUAUCAGACACACCGUCGGAUCCCUGCGCGCGCGCGCGCACACACACACACACACACAUGGACAGACAGAGACUCCUUGCCGUGUACUGUAUGCGUCUGUGUCAGGUCAGCACGCCGCCUGCCCUGCGCACCUACCUCUCCAUCUCCUCUGCCGUGGCCAUAUGCAGCGCCUGGCCACACAUUCGCACACACAAGUGUGCAGUGCACAAGACACAGCGCUUUGCGUACAGGGAAUGCAGUGUGUGCGUUUGGCUGAACAGACAGACCUACCUGGAACAUUGUGCGUUCGACAGUCCAGUCCUUGACGCUCUUGCCGUUGACCUUGUCGCCAUCUAGCACGGCGCUACCCUGCACACACACACACUCACCAUUACUUCCCCGAGCCAUGCAUGGGUCUGUCAAAUGUGCAUACCAUGUAGAGGGGCGAUGCGCGCCCAGCAGAUGGCCUUCGUGCGUCCGCCACUGCUGGCCGGCCAUCCCUGGCAGCACACCACACCAGCAACCACCACGCACACACACCCAGUGCAGUGCAUAAGAUACGCACAGAUACAUAGAUCAAGGCAUCCUCCCCGCUCACCGCCUCAGCACGUUCCUGGCGACGAAGCCCUCAGCGGACCAGGGCCACACUGCAACCGCAUUCACAACCAGCAGUAGCAGCAACAAAUCUGUCAUGGUUGCUGCACGUGACGGACGUGCACCAAUGGAUCUGAUCUGUGCGCACGAGAGAGGGGCAGAUCCGACCCGGCAGCCCCCUCUGCUAUGCAAUGCACAGACUGAUUGGCGGCUUCUAGAAACGCGCGACCCUUU